AUGCGGCUUUGGGCCAUUGCUGACAUCCACCUGUCAUUCAAGAGCAAUCGUGAGGAGUGGGCCAAACUCAAGCACAGGAGUGAGGACGGUCUCAUUUUGGCAGGCGAUGUGGGCGAGAGCAUCGAGCACCUCCAGAUCGCCUUUCGGAAAGCAGUCCGGCGGUUCAAGCAUGUCUUCUGGGUGCCAGGAAACCAUGAGUUGUACACUUCUUCUGCGCCGAAUAUACGGGAAGAAGAACGGAAGCUCAAGGGCGAAGCCAAGUACAAGGCGUGUAUAAAGGUCGCUCGCCACUAUGGUGUACUAACUCCCGAGGAUGAUUAUAUGACCUGGACGUACACUUCGGCGGAAGGCAAGCAGGAGAAAGCUCUGAUAUGCCCCAUAUUCACGCUGUAUGACUACAGCUUCAGGCCAGAGCACAUCCCCCGGGAGAAGGCGUUGGAGUGGGCGAUGGAGGAAGGCAUUCAGGCCACUGAUGAGAAGCUGCUGCAUCCGGAUCCGUACGCCACCCGAGACGCAUGGUGCACUCGUCUGGUAUCAGAAGCCGAGGCCAAGCUCGAAAAGGCCGCAGAGUCUGGGUUGCCGCUGAUAAUAAUUAAUCACUGGCCGUUGAGAGAGGACACAGUCUUCAUCCCUCGAGUACCCCGCUUCAGCCUAUGGUGUGGCACCAAGGAAACGCAUGACUGGCACACGCGCUUCAAUGCCAAAGUAGUAGUGACUGGCCAUCUCCAUGUGAGGAGAACCGACUGGAUAGACGGCGUGCGAUUCGAAGAAGUCAGUUUGGGAUACCCGCGGCAGUGGCAAGACGCCAAAGACGCCGGCAACGAUGUGAACACUUUGAUGAGGGAGAUCUUACCUGGACCUGAAACUCCGGUCCGAGGCCAGGAGCCACCGACAGCAUUUCGCAGGAUGGGCUGGGUGGCGACUGAGGUUCUGAAUAAUGGCUUAGCGGCGAAGAAUGAAGAAAAAAAGGAUGAGAAAAAGGAAGAGACGAUAGGCAAGGAGAAGGCCGAAAGGCAGGAAGAGAGCAACCUGUCCGCAUCAGCUUCAUAG